AUGGACACAGUCACAACGAAUGCCACUAAUACUCAAGACGUUUGGAUAAUAUUAGGAUCAUUUUAUAAAGUUAUUUAUCGUGGCUAUUUUUCAUUUCUUAUUGUUUUCGGCACAUCGUUCAAUAUUCUAACAGCCAUUACAUUAUUACGUGCAAAAUUACGGCGUUUUUCAACAUGUCGAUAUAUGGCCGUUUGUUCAUUACUGAAUGUUGGCGUUCUGCUUACAAAUACAUUAUAUAUGACGUUAGUAAUGGGAUGGCAAAUUGAUUUACGCAGUUCAAUAUUAUGGUGUCGCAUUCAUGUUUUCGUAUCACAAUGGUUUCGUGGAUUUGCUUCAUGGAUACUUGUUAUUGUUGCCAUUGAUAGAUACCGACGAUCGAGAAGUUUAAGACCCAGAACACAAUCGAAAAAUCAUAUUGUGACAAUAAGGUGUGUCAUUGCCGGUUUAGCAUUAGUUUUUCCGAAUAUUCAUUAUCUAUUGCUAAUUGGCGGUGUGGUGACAUUGAAAGCUGAUGGUGUAACGUACGAACAUUAUGCAUGUUCGUUUCAUAAAUAUUCAACUAAUCCCAUCCACAGUUGGCUAGCAUCAUCAAAUACAUGGUUGGAAUUAAUCACAAUUAUAUUCAUUCCUAGUAUUUUAACGUUGAUAUUCAAUAUAUUUAUUAUUAAAAAUUCGUUUAUUAGACCAGUGGAAAAUGAACAUUUAAAAUCUCGUUCAAAAACGCGUACACGCCGUGUUACCACCAUGUUAUUAGCAUCCAAUAUCGGAUUUUUGGCACUUGUUUCACCAGCACAAAUAUUUAAUGCAUUAACAUUUGAUCCCAAUUCAAUUAAAUCGCAAGAUAAAUAUUUUUUUUCCUAUAUGAUUAAAGCUCAAAUAUAUCAAUGUUUAAUAAAUACAUAUUAUGCCAUGAACUUUGUUUUCUGUUUUGCAUCAUCAUCUUUUUUUCGACGCGAAAUACGAAAAUUUAUCAAUAGUUCGCGUUUAAGACGAAAAGCCGAAUCAAGUACAAAUAAUAUUAGACAUAAGAAAGUGAAUAGUAAAGAAACAGUUACUGAAACAACAACGAUAUUAGGUGAAAGAAAACGCGCAACAGAAUCAACUAUUGACGCUUUUAAACAUUGA